GCCACCUUUCUCGCACAGAGAGCUAUUCCCAUGCAACCAACGGCUGUACCCGUAGCCCAGGCCUUGCCCUUCUCCCUCAGUCAGGCUCUUCAUGAUGCAGGGUUCCGAUUACCUGUCGCCAAGAUGGGCACAAGCUGGGGGGUACUGCAUCGAUUCCUAAAGGAGGCGGCUUAUAUCCUUCUCUGCUGUUGGUGUAUUAAGGAGCUGCUAGACUAGCCCAGGUAUUUAGGAUGCUCCCUGCCCACCCCCAUCCAUGACACCAUACUGGGCACUCUCAGGUGGGCACACUGGGGGCAAGACUUGAGCUUUCUUGGCAAUGUUCCUUCUUCUGAGCCUCCCCUUUUGUCCUUCUAGUGCCUCCUUCAUCUCCGAGACUCCUUGU